AUGAAGAUCUCAUCCAUCUCGAUCUGCUUCUUUGUACUUGUUCCCUUCGCAUUUGGUGACCUUCAGGUUGGGUUUUAUAGGUCAAGUUGCCCACAAGCAGAGUCCAUCGUACGACAAGUGGUGCAGAAGCGAUACAGCAGCGAUAAUUCCAUAACUGCAGCUUUGCUUCGCAUGCACUUUCAUGACUGUUUCGUCGGAGGUUGUGAUGCAUCCAUACUUAUAGACUCCACUGGGAACAACAAAUCAGAACAAGACGCGCCACCAAAUAAGAGGAUUCGAGGAUUCAAUCUGAUUCAUGAGGUGAAAGAAAGGCUUGAAGCUGCGUGUCCUUCCACAGUAUCAUGUGCAGACAUCAUAACGCUCGCCACCAGAGAUGCCGUGGCCUUGUCUGGAGGACCCACGUACGAGGUUCCUACGGGAAGACGCGAUGGGCUCGUGUCUGAUUAUAAUGAAGUGAUGAGGAAUUUGCCAUCACCAAAUAUGACCGUUUCUGAAGCUUCAGAAAAUUUCGCUGCAAAGGGAUUCACAAAGCAAGAAAUGGUGACCCUUUUGGGUGCACACACAGUUGGGGUUGCCCACUGUGAUGUGUUCAGAGAUAGACUCUCAAACACUCCUGGCCCCACAAUGGACCCAGCCUUGUACGUAGAGCUGGUCAACAAGUGUAAACCUGCGACGGGGAAAGAAGAGCCGUUUGUAUCCUUGGACCAAGGAACACAGUUCGUGUUUGAUAACCAGUUCUAUGAACAGAUACUUCUCAAGAGAGGCAUUCUGCGGCUUGACCAGCUAAUUGGAUUGGAUAAUUCUACUAGGGGUUUCGUCUCCGAUUUUGCAUUCAAUCGUGAUAAGUUCCGCAAGAGCUUCGUGGACGCAAUAAUAAAGAUGGCGAGUGUUGAUGUUCUGGUCGGAAGUGCUGGAGAAGUUCGAAAGAAUUGCAAGGUUUUCAAUUAA